CCUCACUGUGUGGACUCCAGCAAAUUGUCACCAAGGUAGAUUUCUACUGGACUGUAAUAUGGACUAUAAGCAUAUUUGACACCCCAUAAUUUCAUAUUUGCACGGUGGUGAUUGCAAUCUUUCCUUGCUACCAGGUAGCCUUCGGCUGUAGGAAUUUUCACAGCUAUAUUUACCAACAUGUAAAGGAGAAAGUUAAAAUGCCACGAAAAUAUGGGAUAUAAAGACGGACCAAACUUUGUGAGUUGUUAUCCACUAUGUCUGGGUCGUCCGAUGAAAACGCUGCACUGAUGGCAUCGGCAGGUGAAGGAUCGAGGCAGAAGAGGAAAAAGUCGCCAGACUGGAGUCGUUUUGGACUCAGUGCAGACCAACAGGAGUCUGGCGAGACAAAGAGGUAUACACCCGCAGAUGUUGAGGACGGUUACCAACAAGUCGACGAUGGAAAGCAAAAUGAGCUGUUUAGAGAGGAUCAGAGUCUGUCACCACAGAAGCCAUGGUACAAGGCUAACUUCUUUAUUUCGGAGCCGGUAUUAUUCGGAACAUGGGACGGAGUGUUUACUUCCUGUAUGAUCAACAUCUUGGGUGUCAUCAUCUUCCUACGUAUGGGAUGGAUCGUGGGAAAUUCCGGUAUAGGCCUGACGAUUUUGACAAUAAUCGUUGCCGUGGUGAUAGUCCUGAUAGUGGCCUUGUCUGCUAUUGGUGUGUGUGAGCGAUGUAAGAUGGAGUCAGGUGGUGUCUACUUCCUUCUGUCUCAUGUUCUGGGAGCUCGAAUUGGAGGAAGUAUUGGUGUCAUUUACUGCUUUGCACAGUCUGUGAGCUGCUCUUUGUCAGUGAUGGGGUUUGGAGAAUCUAUCGUGGGUCUAGCCCACGUAGAAAACCAGUGGAUAGCAAAGGGUGUGGCAGUCGGACUGGUUCUACUCCUCCUGGGUAUAAAUGUGGCCGGAGUGAAGUGGGUGAUCCGACUACAGCUUGUACUACUGAUGGCGCUCUUCCUGUCGGCCAUGGAUAUGAUUGUGGGCUCUUUUCUACACACAGAUAUUGAACACGGAGUUACUGGUUAUUCCGAGUUCAACCUACGUAACAACUCGGGGCCCGAUUACGAAGAGGGCGAGAAUUUCUUCAGCAUUCUGGGACUUUUCUUCUCCACGGUGACCGGCAUCCUCGCUGGAAUUAAUAUGAGUGGUGAUCUCAGAGAUCCAUUCCACAACAUCCCAAACGGCACCCUCGCCUCACUAGGUGUCGCAACCAUCCUGUACAUAUCCUUCACUUUGGUCCUGGGAGCUACUUGUGCUAGAUCCUACCUACUUGACGACUAUAUGAUAGCUAAGGACGUGGCGUUCGUCGGCUAUGUGUGGCUGAUUGGCCUGUAUAUUUCUUCCGUUUCUUCGUGCAUGGGCAGUCUUUACGGACCUCCCAGAAUCCUCCAGUCUAUUGCCAAUGAAAAUGUCAUUCCAAUUAUACGGGUUCUUGGCCAAGGAAGAGGACCAAACAAAGUCCCUAUCUAUUCCCUAAUUCUCGUGACACUUGUUGUGUUAUUAUUUAUAUGUGUGGGAGAUGUGAACACAUUAGCUCCUAUAGUCACCACAGCAUUCAUGAUGACGUACGCUGCCAUCAACUAUUCCUAUUUUGCAUUAGCCAUGACGUAUGAAAAAAGACAAGAACGUGAAAGAAAUCUCAAUGUUACCCCAACUAAUUCUAAAAAGGUUCGGAGUGCAACGUCACAGGGAGAUGCGAUCAACGGCACAGUAACUGGGAAUUACGGGGCUACAGGAACACACUUAGAAGGUCAACGCCCAAAAGAUUCAUUUGAAAAAUUUGCCAGUGAUUUGGAUAAAUUAUUUCCGGAGAGAAUGACUCAAAGGGGGCAGCACCAUCUAGUGCGUCAGGGCAGCAUUGGAAGUGGAAGUACUACGCCAGAGGCCGACUUUGACGCGACAAAAAAAUCUAAGUCACUUGAUACAUUUUCAGAACAAAGUGAUACGGCUUUACUUUUACCAGAGAAAUUGGGAACUUCUGGAGCUGCUGAUGCUGCAGAGCCUCCAAAGAAACCACGCAGUACAGAAAUUACCAAAAUGCCAAGAUCUUGGUAUUCAUUAUUUUGCAAUCGUUGGCUUGCACUGUUUGGGACACUGGUGUGCUUUUUCAUAAUGUUUUCUAUACAAUGGGGGUAUGGCCUAGCCGAGUUGACCGCAGCCCUUAUAGUAUAUGUGUAUAUAGGCCAAGCUAGUCCCGGAUACUUCCCAGGUAUUGCUGAUUUUAACUUUUAUGAAUGGGUCAAGGAGGGUGUCCAGCGGUGUUGCAGGAGAGGAAAACCAGUACAUGAGGAAAUAGUAGUAGCACCAUCAACCCCCGCAGUUCACACUAUGGCUGCUCAGCUCACGGAAGAUAAUGAGGAUUUUGCCAACAGGGGGCGCUACCAUCAGUCUGAAGUUGUAAGAGGAGAAAACUUUGACGAUUAUGAUUCAGACUGAAAAAAAUAAGUGGUAUUGUGUUCACAAAAUUAAAAUGAAUGUGAUUAUGGUUAUAAUGACCCUAUAUUUAUUUAAGAUAUUGUAUAUAGAACUCAAUGUUAAAUAUUAAUUAUUCAGUUAUAUUUUACAUGUGAUGUUGUGUGUAAUAAUACGGUUGUUAUUUGUGUUUAGGUAUAAUAGUAAAUUGUACAUUCCAUUUUCUUGAACUACGUUUAAAAAUUGAGUUAUCAAUAUGCUGUAAAAACAAUUUCACUAACAAGUUUAACAGUAUGUUAAAAUGAUCAACAUUUUAUUGCAUUUUAUACAAUUUUUUUCAAUCAUUAAAAAUAAGGAGAAUAAAAAGAAAGAGAACAAACUUAAAUGUUAAAAAUAUUUUAUAAUUGUGGGCUAAUUAUUUGUAAAGAACAAACAAUUCCUUAUUAGACAUCUACCUAUGUUUCUUUUUUUAUUUUCAUAACUUUUUUUUUCUUUUUCCCAUGAUGGCACAUUUCCCCUACAGUAUACAUUCAUGUAUUGCUAUUACAACUUAAAAGAUUUUCCGAAAUUUUGGCCCCCAGACCCCUCGCCAAAAAAAAUUUGGCUCGCCCCUAUGGCGCUCGCAUUACCACUAAAAUACUGCCCCCCCCCUUUCCAAAUGCCUGGAUCCACGCCUGUGUUAGGAUAUCCACCAUCGAGAUUGGACAAUGUUAUAAACUUGUGUCUGAUGGUAUUAUAUAUAGCUAUCCUCACAGUAUCACAUUACAUAAAACUUGAUUUGUUUUCUGUAACAGAAAUACUGACAUAUCUGUGUCCAGUUUAUAGUUUAUUUUACUAUCUUAUUAUACAGGUAAGAAAUGUAUUCUGUUGUAAUUUGGUGUUAACCCUAUACUUUAUCAGAAAUUAAGAAAACAAAUUCAGACAUUUUUCAGACAAGAGAAAAUAAUUCAUGAAAGUCAUAUUUAAAAUGUGAAACAUUAAAAUGUUCUAAAAUGCGUCAAGUGUAAAUGAUGAAGAUAAUGAGUGUGUCAUUUUGUCGAGGUGUGCUGGCCUCCAUUAAACAGUCAGAAACAUUCGUCUAUUAUCUCCCCCUAGUUUGAAACAGGAAACGAACACCAAACAGUUUUAUUUUUUUUAAUUUUUUUUUUAUUUUUCAUAAUUUCAAUGUUUAUGGUGAAAUGAUCAAUCUGACUAAUUUGAUAUAAUCAAUGUUGUGUCAAUUUUUGGAUAAAUUAAGAAGUGAUAAUUUUAGAUGUUAGUACUACCGUAGCAUAUAACAGUGCAUUCGUGACACCCAUCGCCUGUCAAACAAAGGGAAAUAACUCUGGUAAAUUAAAAUGAUUACAGCUGUAGGCUAGAGAAUUGAUGGUUGAAAGCUACAAAUGUAAUGUAUUAGCUUAUUCACAGUAAGUUUUUCGACUCGGCCUUUCAUUCUUUUUGGGGGCUAGAUAGAUAUAUCAACCCAUUGGAGAAAACUUAUCCCACAACUUAAGUUGACGUACUGCAUAUAUACACAUAUGAACAAAUUAUUCUCCAGUUUGUGAUGGGGAAAAGUAUAUGACGGCCCAGUUGCUUUAAAUUAAAAAAAAAACUCAGCAUCAUGUUGUGAUUGCAUCGAUAAAACAUCGUUGGAUAUUUAAAAGGUUUGUUGUGGUAUGUUGAUGGGACAACAUGUAUUUAUAGGUUUUUUUUCAAAUAUUGUAAAUUUGAUGUUCUCGUCCAAGUUUUUCAAUGUACCUAGUCACAAAGCAGUAUUUAUUCUGAUCAGUUACUGUUAUGUAUCCUCACAUAAAACAAUGUAAAUACGUUUGUUUAUAGAGAUGUUAUAUAUAUAUAUGUAUACAUGUAUAUAUAUUUGUUUGUUGAAUGAAGUUUAAGAUUUAAUUAAAAAAAAUUGUAGUCUCAGCUAUUGUAUGGCCAACCUGUAGAAAGCAUAAUGCAAAUUAAAAUCCAUUUGUGGUUUGACACAACUUUUGAUUGGCCUGUGUAUAUAUAUGGAGUAUAAAUGGUCUGUGAUUCUUAGACUGAGUAUAAUUGGUCUGUAAAUCACAGACGGAGUAUAAUUGGUCUGUGAAUCUGUUAAGAAAAUAUGUAGACACAGAAACUUUUCUAGAGAGUAUAUUUUGUUGUCGUUACGGAAACGAUUAUAAUAUGUCUAACAUUAAAGUUAAACAAAAAUUGAGGUCAUGCAUUUAUAGGAAGACGGUGGCAGAUCACAAAGGGACACUGCCCCUCCUUGAUUCCAGUUAGAAUUUACCUGUUUCUAUUCAAUAAUGAACAAAAUGUUGAAGUUCUCAGUUUCAAUUCUGGAUGUUGAAUUUUUUGAAUACAAGAGAAUUUUUUUUAGACUGAAAAUAAAGAGAAAAGCAAUAUUAGGAUAUCAACCUUACAGAAAUGUUCCAUUGAUUAUUUUAGGGAAAUGUUGUUAAGUAAAUACAAGUUUGAUAUGCAGAUACAUUUUUUUGGCUCUGUAUUUUACUAUGAAUUUCAAAAUGUCUCAUUAAACUGUUCCUCAGUGAUGGACACCUCUCUUGACCAGGUGACUAUAACACACACUCCACGGAAUAUAUCUUAUCAUAACAGAAAAGAACAUUUCUCAGAUCUUAUAAUAAUUUGUGACCUGAUGUUGGCCAGUAUGUGACCUGAUUAAUAUGAAUUAUCGGCCUUCCAUUGCUAUUGAUAAACUAUGAUAUUGAUUUAACAAAUUUAUUUAUAUGUGUCUCCAUCUCUGAUUUAGGUAAAACAAUAAUUGUACUGCUGCCUCAGUUUUAUUUAGUCGAGUUAGUUUUAUUUAGUCGAGUUUACAAAUGUAAAAUUGAUUUAAGACUGUUAAGGUACUGUGAUUGACUGUUUGUUUCUCAGUCUGAAGAUGUGUGUUGAUUUCCUGUUUGUUUCUCAGUCUGAAGAUGUGUGUUGAUUUCUUGUUUGUUUCUCAGUCUGAAGAUGUGUGUUGCAGGCUCACAGCUAGGGCAAGUAUCUGGAUAAUUUUUUACGUUAAUUUGAACCAUAAAGACAAUAUAUUUCAUCAGGUUUUAUUUACUACUUUGUAAGUGAGCGAGAUGACUUUAAAGACCACUUAUGGCCCUUAAAUAAUAAUUUACACAUCUGUGUAGAUAUUUGUCCUUUUAAAUAAUUAAUCACAUUUUACACAUUCAACUACGCAGUUUAUUUUCCUUAUUAAAGAAGACUUAAUCAAGAAUAAGAUUCAGGAUUUGGACAUUGUUCUGGGGUGUCAUAUUGAAUAACAAAGGAAUAGAAUUUUACCUACCUGGAGUUGUUUUUGUUUUUAAAUAUAUCUAUUGUAUAUAUAUAUAGCUAUGGAAGCAACAACACCAUUUCAGUGUGAAGAUUCACCAACAUGUGAUGUAUACAUGUACUAAAGACAUGUUGUCAAGUUUUGACAGUAUCAUUACUUACAUUGACGAGAGCGAGAUUUGUCCGUAUCUGUUGUAGUGGUAUCUCCCAAUGACAGACAGUAUCGUUACUUACAUUGAUGAGAGCGGGAUUUGUCCGUAUCUUUUGUAGUGGUAUCUCCCAAUGACAGACAGUAUCGUUACUUACAUUGAUGAGAGCGAGAUUUGUCCGUAUCUGUUGUAGUGGUAUCUCCCAAUGACAGACAGUAUCGUUACAUUGACGAGAGCGGGAUUUGUCCGUAUCUGUUGUAGUGGUAUCUCCCAAUGACAGACAGUAUCAUUACUAACAUUGACGAGCGAGAUUUGUAUGUAUAUGUUGUACUGGUGGUGUGGGUUGUAAAAAUUGUCCACUGUUGUAAUCUGUUUUGUUCUAUUGUUCUAUUUUUAUUUUGUUCCUUAAAUGACAAACGAAACUUUGUUAUAUUUGUUUCUGUUUGAAAAAGUUGUCAUAUAAAAAGAUUUUCAUUUUUCUUUUAAUUUCAGAUUUAACAAAGCUGUUUUGAGAAUCUCAAACAUUAUAUUUUGUUGUUUAUUUUGUUUUUGUAUAAAAUCAUUUUACAGAAGUAUGUUUUGACAUUUUAUUUUUUGUUACUGACAGAAGAACCAAAGUUCAUAUAACUAUUAUUGUAAUGAUGUGCAAUGAUAACUUUACAUAAAUCCAUCACCUGUUUAAUAGUAUUUCGUCCUGUGGAUUUCAUCUUAAAUUUUUCCAUACAAUUCAUAAGUCUUAAGAAAACUUCUCAAUAUAGCAGGUAAAAUAACAUGGAGUUUUCUGUUGCAGUUAUCUCCCUUUUAUUUGUUAUUUUUGAUGGAGAAUAUUGCAUCCAGAAUUACCUCACCCUUAGUACCAUUUCUUGCCACCAGGCUACGCUCCUUGGUAUUUUUGAAGUGAACCUAGUGAAGAAAAACUACUGCUGGACAGCCAAUCUAUAUGGUAUCACAAAGUAUCAUUUGUUUUUUUUCUUUUUAUUAGACUUGUAUAUAUAAUCACAUGUUUAAAAAACUUAAUUAAUUGACAUUUACUAGUAACUUUUAAUAAAAUAACCCUUAAGUUUUAGCAAUAAAAUGUUAAGAGUGUUAAAUCUUAUAACUUACGAAGAAUUAAGAAAAUUCCUUUGAUAAUUUUCCUGUAGAUUUAAUAAUUAAUAAUUGUGUAAUUACUGUAUAUAUACCUACACUGACCCCUAUACCUACACUGACCCCAUGCACACACCCCUUUUAGUCAAUUUGUUGAUGGCUGGGCGGAUGCAUAUAAGAAUAUAAAAUUCCCUUCAGCAUUCCACAGGUGUAAUUUUGAAUUAAAUCUGACAAAGGACCACAAUUUAUGAAAUUAUUAUGACAUGAUGAGUUUGUUUUUGUUUUUUUUUUUGUUAUGAUUCAUAUAACAAUAGUUUUAACAAACCCUGUAACUUCUGUUGUAUAAUGAUCUGUGUGAUAAACCCUUCAAGUUUUGCUUUUAUGAUAUUUUUAGCUCACCUGGCCCAAAGGGCCUGUGAGCUUAUGCCAUGGUGUAGCAUCAGUCGUCCAUCGCCGUCAGCAUUUCCUUUAAAUCCAUACUAGUCCUGAACGCCUGAAUGGACUUUGAUGAAAUUUGGUCUGGAGCAUUAUUGGGCAAAGGAGAUUAUACGUUGCAUAAAUGGAGGGUGUGGCUCUCCUGGGGCUGGAGGAGUGGGGCAAAAUAGGGGAUAUUGAGUAAAUCCUUUAAAUCUCUACUACUCCUGAACGCAUGAAUGGAUUUUGAUGAAAUUUGGUCUAGAGUAUCAUUGGGCAAGAGAGAUCAAACGUUGUAUAAAUGGAGGUGUAGCUCCCCUUGGGCCGGAGGGGCAGGGCCCAAUAGGGAAAAUUGGGCUAAAUCAUUUAAAUUGCUUCUAGUCCUGAACACCAUAAUGGAAUUUGAUGAAAUUUGGUCUAGAGCAUUUUUAGACAAAGGGAAUCUAAUGUUGUAUAAAUGGAGGGUGUGACUACCCUGGGGCUGGAGGGGUGGGGCCAAAUAGGGGAAAUUGAGGUUAAUCCUUUUAAUCCCUACUAGUCUUGAACACUUGAAUUUAUUUUUAAGAAAUUUUGUCUGGAAUAUUACUGGGUAAAGAAAAUCUAAUGUUGUAUAAGUGGAGGAUGUGACCCUGUUGGGGUGGAACAAAGGGGGCCCAAUAGGGGAAUAUAGAAAAAAAAAGGUUUCAGAAAUCUAUUUUGAGAAUAUAACAGGAUUUGGUCCACCUGUAGUUUGAACCAUUGCUAGCAGAGGCAGUUCAAAAGUAGGAAAAUAUUUGAAAUACCUGGUAUAACUUAAAUUAGUUUAUUUUUACAUAAUUACUGAAAUAUCCAGGUGAGUGAUACAUGCCCUCUGGGCCUCUUGUUAAUCAUAUAAUCAUAGUUCAUUUCAGUGGUUGUUACUUAAAUGUAGAUCUCUCAGUUAUAAAUCGUGAUAAUUGCGUUCUGGGUGAUUUGGAAUAUAUCUCUCACCCUUAAGUCGUUCUAAUUGUAUUCUGGUUAAUUUGGAGUAGAUUUCUCAGUUAUAAGGCAUUCUAAUUUUAUUUUGGUUUUGGAUUAGUUCUCUCAGUUAUAAGUCGUUCUAAUUGUAUUCUGGUUAAUUUGUAGUAGAUCUCUUAGUCUUAAGUUGUUAUAAUUUUAACAUUCUUUAGUUACAAACUUAAUGUAAUAACAUUGGGAUUAUAAAUGUGAGGAUAUACAUUUGAUAUGUAAGCUUCAGACUAACAAUCCUACUAUAAAAGUCUAAGUAUGUAAUAUUUACAACAAAACCUUGGGUCACUCAAACUUAAUAUCCAAAGAUGUAUGCAUUAAUUGGCCUGUUCACAGGAAAUAAACAUGGAACUUAGAAGAUAAACUCUCUGUAAUAUUGGAUAUAAAGCCAUAUUUAUUGUUAAGAGAUGCAAAAUCCAUUGUUGUACAAAAUGAUAUUUAUAUGUUUAAAAGUAUUUUAGGGGAAAUAUUUGAAGUAAGAAACAUCUGCCUUUAAUAACUAAUUACUUAGAAAUUCGUGUUAUUUGCACACAGGCACUUGAUCAAAAGUUAACAAGUUUGUAGUGCCCUUGGUGAAACUUACAUUUUAUAUGGAUCAUUUACAUUACCUGAUCUGAAAAAUCCUUUGUAUUUAAAUGAGUUCUGUGAUUUUUUGUUUUAUUUGUUAAUGAUUAUUGUGAUUGUUGGAAACUACACAUGUUUUUAUUUUCUUAAAUAUUAUUUUUGCUUUUUUAUUGUUAUGAAAGUCAGGCAAAAACUAUUUUCUCACACUGGUUUUUACAGUGUUUUGGACUUGACAGUUUUGCCUUAUUUUGGUAUGCUUGGCCUGAAUCUCCAAACCACACUCCAUAUUACUUAUAUUAUUAGGGAUUAGGGACUUGUGUCAGGUUUCUGUGCAAUGCAGUGUACAUACUUUGGAAAAAAUAUAUCUUAUACAUAUGUAACAACUUAGAAAAACAAUUUAAAAUGAAAGAAAAACACAAUGUAAAUCCAAUAUCAAACUUAAGUUACUGAAGUUUGUGCAAAAGUCCAUGUCAACAUUAAAUGUAUUAUCAAAACAAUUAUAUUUACCAUUGUAUGUCGACAAAUAAAUAAAACAAUUAUACAAAGCA